AUGCCGACAUUUCGAGGAAGAGAACCGCGUCGGGCAAAGGGUCUCUAAACACAAAUAAAAUCCCGAAAUCAUCUUCUCAAACGUCAGUCACAGCCAUUCUCUCUCUCUCUCUCUCCCGGUCUCGAUCAAAACAGGAACAUUGAACAUUGAGGCCACACAAAAAGAGAAAACAGAUCAUAGAGCAUCGAAGGACAGGAGAAACCAGACGCAUUAUGUUAUGUCGGAGAUCCAAAAGUGCGUUUUUGCUUCUGGGUUUUCUAUUUUCUUUCCUUCUCAUCGUCUCUCAGGCCACUGGGACAUCGACUUCAGGGGUUGGUGAAGAUGGUGCAGUUCCAUGGAGGAGAGAUGUUGUAGAGAGGGCUCUCGCGGAGGAAAACGGAGAUAAUUCAUCUCUGAUUUUGGCUGCAAAAAGGACAAGAAGAAAAGACCCUCUUGAGAAUUUCAAGCUCUACAAUGGUGGAUGGAACAUUAGCAACCAACAUUACUGGGCUUCUGUUGCUUUUACAGCGGCGCCAUUCUUUGUAAUAUCGGCUGUCUGGUUCGUGCUUUUCGGGCUGUCUCUGUGUCUGAUGUGCUUUUGUUAUUGCUGUUGCCCUCGUGAACCUUACGGCUAUUCCCGCCUCGCUUAUGCUCUCUCCCUCGUUUUCCUCAUACUCUUCACCAUUGCUGCAAUUGUUGGCUGUGCUUUCCUAUAUACGGGCCAAGGAAAAUUCCAUGCCAGUACAACGGAUACGUUGGAUUACGUCGUGAGGCAAGCUAAUCUCACGGCGGAAAACCUCAGGAAUGUGUCAGAUUAUCUAAGUGCGGCCAAAAGGGUCGAUGUGGAAUCGAACUUUUUGCCGGGGAAUGUUCAAUCCAGCAUCGACGAUAUACAGAGGAAGAUCGAUUCUUCUGCCACAACUCUUUCUAACAAAACCAUGGAGAAUCAAGACAAAAUCCAAAGCGGCUUGGAUACCAUGAGACUUGCUCUCAUCAUCAUUGCUGCUGUGAUGCUCUUCCUUGCUUUUAUUGGAUUUGUAUUGUCUAUCUUUGGAUUGCAAUGCCUUGUAUACACGCUUGUGAUUCUUGGUUGGAUCCUCGUCACGGUUACAUUCAUCUUGUGCGGUGUAUUCCUUCUCCUCCACAACGUGGUUGCAGAUACAUGCGUUGCAAUGGACCAGUGGGUCCAACACCCUACAGCUCACACGGCUCUGGACGAUAUUCUUCCGUGCGUUGAUAAUGCUACUGCAAAAGAGACAUUGGAUAAGACAAAGCUCGUGACUUUCCAGCUCGUGAACCUAGUCGACACUGUCAUCAGCACCAUAUCAAAUAGAAACCUGCCGCCUCAAGCCAAACCCUUAUACUUCAACCAAUCUGGCCCUCUCAUGCCUCUUCUCUGCAACCCCUUUAACUCCGAUCUCUCCAACAGGCAAUGCAAACCCGGCGAGGUCGGUCUGAACAAUGCCACGGAGGUAUGGAAGAACUACACUUGCCAGAUCAAUACACCAGGGACGUGCGCUACAACUGGUCGUGUAACCCCAAAGCUCUACAACCAGAUGGCUGCAGCUGUUAACAUAAGCUAUGGCUUAUACCGGUAUGGUCCGUUCUUGGUAGAUUUGCAGGACUGUGACUUUGUCAGAUCUACAUUUACGGACAUACACAGAGAUCAUUGCCCGGGUCUCGGAAGGUACACGCAAUGGAUCUACAUUGGUCUGGUCUUAGUGUCUGCAGCUGUGAUGCUGUCUCUCGUGUUCUGGGUGAUAUAUGCACGCGAAAGGAGGCAUCGGGUUUACACAAAGGAUUACAAUGCCCGACAUCCGGGUGAUCUUCGGGAAAAGUGAGCGUUUUAAGAGAAUGUCGGAUAGGGUUCUUCGGGUUUUAACCGUAUAGAUUUUUUUCGGGGUUAGUGUACAUUUCUUCUGGUUGGAAGCCUUGUGUUUGUGUGCAGUAUGUGAUGAAACUUGUGAUUGUUUUGGUUUAGUUUGAGAACCAAAGUGACUAUGUCUGGUUUUUGUUGAAGGAUAUAUGACUAAGGGGUGGAAUUUUUUAUAUUUCA